AUGGCGGCGCUACCGGAAGAUCAGUUUGCUGUUGUUGGACCUGUAGCUCCUCUCCUCGCUGUAUCUGGUGAAGAUGUGAUUCUGCCCUGUUCUCUCAAACCCAACAUCAGUGCUGUAAACAUGAGAGUCGAGUGGUUUAGACUUGAUCUCAAAGACUCAGUGGUUCAUCUCUAUGAAGAUCAUGAAGAUAAAAACACAAAUCAGCUUCAGUCGUACAGAGGAAGAACUGAAGUGUUUAAAGAUGAACUACAGAAAGGAAACACAUCACUCAAACUCUCAAGAGUUCAGAUCUCUGAUGAAGGACUUUAUAAGUGUUUUGUUCAGUCCAAAACCAGGAGUGAUGACAUCACUGUUGAUCUCAGAGUUGAAGCUGUAGGAAGUCCUCCACUCAUCACUAUAGAUGGAUUUGAUGUUUCUGGUGGACUUCAUCUUCAGUGUGAAUCUAAAGGUUGGAACCCUGAACCUGAACUUGUGUGGCUGGACAGUGAAGGAGUCACUUUGACAUCUGAAAAUACAGACAAACAGAGAGAGACAGAUGGAUUCAGAGUGAAACACAUGAUCACUGUAUAUAACAGAGACAGUAAAUAUCACUGUAGAGUCAAACUGAGACAUCACAUGAAGGAGACUGAGAUUAUUACAUCAAAACUAAAAAGUAAAAGUGUGGGAACCAAGAAACACCACAGACUGAAGAAAAGAUAA